AUGGUCAAACAAGAAUCACCCUCCCUAUCUAGCCUUAGAAGGGGGGUUGGAGCUUCUAGUAUCGUUUCCGAUGGUACUUCCUCGAGCCGAAACAGUUGCGGAAUAUGCUAUACAGAGGUCAAUUUGAAAACCAGCGCUGCCUUGCAAGAACACCUCGAAAAGGCUCAUUUUUACUGUGGAUCCUGUCGUUGGUUCGCGGAAUCAGCGGAACUCCUUGUUCAGCAUAACGAGUCGAUUCAUCGUAUGUGUGUAGACUGUGCAAAAGUGGUUUCAAAUGGGCGAGGAAUAUGUGAACAUCUCACCAAAUACAACCUGCGUACAAUCAAAUGUUACUGCUGCGACGCUACCUUUAUCUCCGUUUCGUCCAUGUUCUACCAUCUCGAAAAUGAAUCCUGUCCCUCUGGCAUUAAUCGACAGGAUAUUGAGAAAUUAACGACAUAUUACCUUAACUACCUUCAGUAUCAGGGCGUCUUCUUGUACUACUGUGGUCGCUGUAGACGUCCCUUUCGUUCCAUGUUUGACCUUCUACGACAUGUCGAGGACGUACCCUGCAUGAGACUGGGUUUGUAUGGUCGUGGCAGUCUCAUUGACUAUAUCGCAACCAAUAUUGGGAGCCUUACUAAAAGUCCCAUUGAAAGGAACGAUACCGCUGCUGUACGAACAACUCUUCCGGAUUCAAAGGAGAAUGAAGAAUUUAUUAUCAAAUCAGACUCCGAUAGCAUCCGAGGGAAUAAAGCCAAAGAAACCGGAAAUAAUGAAGGCGGGCUCAUACCCCGAAUCAUCAUAACUCGAGUCGACGGAUCUACUAUUAAAUGGUAG